UUUUUCAUUGCUGGUCAUUAAUUGCAGUUCACACGUAGUUUCCAUCGUCGAUCGCCAUGACUGCACUGAACGCGUCUUGGCUGUGCCUUUGUCUGCUGCUGGGCAGUUCCAUUGACGUCAGCUGGGCUAAGCGUAUCCAUCAUAAAUAUCCACAGGCAUAUGGCAAUCGCAUAGUCGGCGGCCAGGAGGCAGAGGAGGGGGCGGUGCCUUAUCAGGUCUCGAUACAAACGAGCUGGCAAACCAAUAUCUGCGGCGGAGUGAUCAUCGAUGAGCGCUGGAUCCUUACGGCCGGCCAUUGUGCAUUGGAUUUCCCCAUCGACGAGCUGCGCAUUGUGGUGGGCACCAAUGACAGACUUGUGCCCGGCCAGAUGCACUAUGUGGACGAGGCCUUCGUGCAUUGCCUGUACGACAUUCCAGCCGAAUAUGCGAAUGACAUUGGCCUGCUCCACUUGAAUAAGUCGAUUGUGUUCAACGAGCGCACACAAAUUGCAGAGCUGAGUACAGAGUAUCCGCCAGUCGGUGCUACAGUUACGCUCACCGGCUGGGGCUCGCCGCAGCUCAAUUUCCCAGCCGUGGAGCGAUUGCAGACCAUCAACCUAACUGUAAUCGAUCACGGCGACUGCCGUGCCGCCUGGGAUUACACGGAUGGCGUCGACAUAGGCCAUAUGUGCACCUUUACGAAGGAGGGCGAGGGCGCCUGCAACGGCGACUCCGGCGGACCCCUCACGUGGGAGGGCAAAGUGGUGGGCGUGCUGAACUGGGGCGCCCCGUGCGCCGUAGGCAAGCCGGAUAUGCACGCCAGCACGGUCUACUACGCUGACUGGAUACGCCGCACCAUGUCCCGUUGCAAGCAGCGCGUCAAUUGAGCCGACUCAUUGCCUAUAUCGGUCUAUAUAUAUACGAUA